CGUGAAAUCGCCGCUGCUCCGCGCGCGCUGCUCUUCCCUCCCUUCGUCUUCGCCGCGCGCUGCUCCCUCUCUCCCUUGACCCUCCCUUCCUCUCUUCGCCUUCGACUUCCUCCCUUUCUCUCCAACACCCUCGUCCUCUCCCCAGCUCCCCCACCCCGAUUCCAAGAACCAUAACAAUAAUCCUAACCCUAAUUCUCCAUCUAAUCAUAGGGCAAGAAGACGACGAGGGGGAAAUUGGAAUCCAUGGUGGAACCUUCGUCGUCCGGGCGCUGAAUCCGGCCCGAUUGGGCGGCGAUGAUGGAUCUUUUGUCCCCUACGUCGGAGGAGAAGAAAGACCACUCGCCGUCCCUGGCGAUCUCCCUUCCAUCGCCUCCCCCGCCCCGGCGGGGAACCGCCGACGCCGCCGGCAACUUCUGCCGUCUUCUCGCCAACGGCCCCCCCGCCGCUCCGGCCCCCUCCUCCUGGUUCGAGAUUCGCCUCUUCUACGUCCGCAUCACCCCCUGCGCUGCCGACGCCGUGCCCCCCCGCCUCACCCUCUCCCAUCUCCGCCGCGAGAUGGGAGCCGCCCUCGAGAUCAAAGGCGCCCGCGUCCCCAACUCCGACCCUACCUCCCUCCCCCUCCGCCGCGACCGCUUCGAUCGCGACGCCGCCGAGGUCACCUACGUCAGCACCGAGGGCGUCCGCCUCACCGGGGCCGUCGAUUUCGAGGUUUGCGAUGAUAGGGGCAAUUUGAUCCUCUGCGGUUCUCUGGGGAGGGUGGAGGCUCCGUGGAGCAAUGGGGUAAUUGGGUUCGACAACCAUUCAGGGUCGUGCGAUAAGGAUCCGAAGACCGGGUGGAGCAUGGAUUGCUAUUCUGCUGCAUCGAUUGCUUCCUCUGCGUUCAUGCAAUCCAAGCUUGGGAUCUCGUCGCCGUCCAUCGAGGUCUAUGUGGCCGGGUGCUAUGCAGGGGUUCCUUUGAUACUCACACAGACCGUUCAGCUCAGCCCGAGGCGGAAGGCCGCGAGGCCAGGAGCGCUGGAUGCGAUACCGGAGGAUGAAGAGACCGCUGGGAGGGAGCAGGGAAGCAAUGAAGGGUUGAUUCACCGCAGAACAUCAUCAUCAUCUGUUACAGAAGAGAUUGAUGAAUAUGAUCCAAAUAUCAAGGUUGGUCAUAGAUACUAUCCUGAAGGUUGGUACUUGGAUGAUGAUGGCCAAUUAACAUGGUUCAAUGCUGGUGUUAGAGUCGGUGUUGGGAUAGGAUUGGGAAUGUGUGUUGGAAUAGGAAUUGGUAUUGGACUCCUCAUGCGUUCGUACCAGGCAACUACCAGAAAUUUCAGGAGGCGAUUCUUCUAAGUUCAACCAGAAUGCCUGACUUUGCUCUUACAACCAACACUCCUUGCAGUAAUGCUUCUAGAAAAUUUUGACGGCAUAAGAAGCUCCUUCAAUGCCUCCUACGCCCGGCAGCACAAGAUUCGGCACUGAUUGUAUUGUUCGUGGUUUGUUGAUCGGUUGGUUUUUCUGUAAAGGCUCUGCCAUAGAGCUAUUCUGUGUCCAAUUUGUGUGCGCUAAUACUCAGCUUCUGAAUGAGAUAUUUUUCGUGGAUAGAAAACUUCGUCUGACCGGACCACCCAGGACUGCACAUUGUGGGUUUUAGUGCAGAAGAUUAUCCCUGUUUUUCACCUUUUGGCUCUUAUAAAUUUUAGAGAGUCAGAAUCGAACACUGGACAUGAUGUGUUAUUGACAUGUAUCUGUGUCUAGGGAUAACCUGUGAAAAUUUUAUUAGCUAAACUGUAUGUGAAUACUACCAUGAUCUAUUUUGGUAAACUUAUUUAAAUUUGUCUUUUUAUUUAGUUA